GCAGGUGCAAGCUCAGUCAGAAGCCCGCCCCCAGCGGAGAACGCACAGUGGGCGGAGUCGGGCGCCUCCCAGCCUGGGAUCCGGAAGCCUGAGCCUCGCUGCGCGAGAGCAUUUGCUCGCCGAACAGAGUUGUCUUGUUGCCGUCCCUUCUCACAACCUCGCCGGAAGUAUAGGAAGAGAGCAAGCAGAUUUGAACUUAUCUGCUUUCAAGCUGGUCAUCACGAUGAAGCUUAGACACAAAAAUAAAAAGCCAGGUAAAAGUUCAAAGGGCCACAAGAAGCCUGCGAAGCAAAAUGGGAAGAAAGCAACCUCCAAAGUGCCCUCAGCACCUCAUUUGGUUCACUCCAAUGAUCAUGCCAAUCGAGAGGCUAAUUUAAAGGAGAAAAGGGUUGAGAAGAUGAGGGAGUUGCAGCAAGCUGCCUGGGAUCAAGAAAGACAAAAACGCAGGACCAUCGAGAGCUACUGUCAGGAUGUCCUGAGAUGCCAGGAGGAGUAUAAGCAUAAGGAGGAAGUUUUGCAGGAAUUAAAUAUGUUUCCUCGGCUGGAUGACGAGGUCACAAGGAAUGCUUAUUACAAGGAGUUCCAUAAAGUGGUGGAAUACUCUGAUGUGAUUCUGGAAGCUCUGGAUGCCAGAGAUCCAUUAGGCUGCCGCUGCUUCCAAAUGGAGGAGGCUGUCUUGCGAGCACAAGGCAGCAAGAAGCUGGUCCUUGUCUUGAACAAGAUUGACCUGGUCCCCAAGGCGGUUGUGGAGAAAUGGCUGGAUUACCUUCGGAAAGAGUUGCCAGCCGUGGCUUUCAAGGCCAGUACCCAGCAUCAGGUCAGAAACCUGAAUCAUUUCAGUGUACCAGGAGAUCAGGCCUCUGAGUCACUGCUGAAAAGCAAAGCCUGCUUUGGAGCUGAAAACCUCAAUUAGGUUCUGGAGAACUAUUGUCGCCUUGUUGAAGUGCGUACGCACAUUCAUGUAGCCGUUGUGGGUCUUCCCAGUGUUGAGAAGAGCAGCCUGAUUAAUAGCCAGAAGCACGGCCGUGCAUGCAGCGUGGGAGCGGUUCCUGGGAUUACCAAAUUCAUGCAGGAGGUCCACCUGGACAAGUUCAUCCGGCUGCUGGAUGCUGCAGGCGUUGUCCCAGGGCCCAACUCAGAGGUGGGCAAUAAUAUCCUGCGUAACUGCAUCCACGUGCAGAAGCUGGCAGACCCUGUGACCCCGGUGGGAACCAUCCUGCAGCACUGCAACCUGGAGGAGAUUUCCAACUACUGUGGUGUCUCUGGGUUCCAGACCACUGAGCACUUUCUCAUGGUAGUGGUGCACCAUUUGGGGAAGAAGAAGGGAGGCUUAUACAGUCAGGAACAGGUGGCCAAAACUGUCCUAGCUGACUGGGUCAGCGGGAAAAUCAGCUUCUACAUGCCACCACCACCUACUCACACUCUGCCUGCCCAUCUUAGUGCUGAGAUUGUUAAGGAAAUGACUGUGGUCUUUGACAUCAAGGAUACUGAUAUAAAAAUUAUAUCAUGCCCUUUUUUGUUUGUUUGUUUUCUUUGA